GUCGAUAGGCUUUUUCCCUUUUGCACAUAAGAGUAUAGAAUUUUUCUCCUUCGCUCCCUCCACUAUCGAUACUACUUCACGUUCGAUACUUCCUCAGGAGUGGUUGAAUAAGCGAUUUGAACCGAAGUGUGUGGUGGUGAUUUCAUCUCAUGAUCUUCUCCCCCCCCUCCCCGCUACCUGCAUGACGUAGCAAACACAGCAUAAUCGUCAUCGUCGGCCCGUCCGAACAUUCCGCACUUAAGCAACUAUCCCCUCCCACCAUCUGAGGAUCCACCCUCAGCUUUAUUAGACGGAUCAGAAGUCCGCUGAAACACGAUCGAUAUCUUCUCGAAGCUCAAGUCACUGUUGCCCGGGGCAUCCUUAUCGCUGUCUCACCCAUUCCAGGACGAACUAGCCUAUCAGAUCAACCGGAGGAUCUAUACAACCCGUUUUUAUACCUUGACAGCUUUAGAAUCCAUUCAAAAUGGUCGGAAAGGCUAUCCCGCUCGGCCUCAGGCUCUGGGAGUUCCUUUGGACUCUCCUCGUCAUGGCCUUGAUCGGUAACAUGAUCGCCGAAGCAUUCGCAGGCAACCCUGCCACCGUCAACUAUGCCAUGUUCGUUUCGGCAUUCUCGAUGUUCACCCUCUUCUACACUAUCCCCGCAACGCUUAACCCCGACUGGGCCAUCCACCCUAUCUUCCUGAUCGCUAUCGAUACUCUCAAUGCGAUCUUCUUCUUGACCGCUGGUAUUGCUCUGGCCGCCAAGCUGGAAUGCCACAGCUGCAGCAACGACAGCUACACUCUCAACAAUGAGAUCACCAAUGGUUCGAACAACCGCGGAAAGCGCUGCCGUGAGGCUCAGGCCUCCACCGCAUUCCUCUGGUUCGCCUGGGUCGGCUAUACCGUCUCCUUGGUCUUCUCGAUCAUGGGCUCGCGCUCCGCUGGUGUCAACCUCCGUGGACGCACCGGCCCCGCCCGUGGUGCUCGCCCCAGCAUGGCGCAGGUCUAAGCGUGCGUCAAGUAUGUCCGUCGAGCCUGAACGGAGUCAACACACUGCUCCACCAGUGCUUCUCUCCCCAGGCGGCGAAAAAGCUCUGGACAUACAAGACCUCGGGUUAUAAUGCAAAGGGAUAAACAAAAGCUAAAAUGAAACGGUAAAAGGGAAAUGACUUACGACUGUCAAAGGACAAAAACGUAUGGGACGCAGAAUGGGCCAUGACGCUACUCUCAAAGAUGACAGUCAGAGUACUUGAUCUGAUAUCUCUCUGAUGGCCGGGUGUUGGCUGGUGAGAUUCGAAUAUUCGACCGUUUGAAAUGGUAAUUAUACUGGGAUUUAUUUUUGGAUUCUGUUAAUGGUUGGGGCUUGGGAAUGAUACGGGGCUAUAUUCGCUAGGCCGGAUUGGGUGGAG